AUUCAACCUUCUUGGGCUUCUGUCAUGGAGUCUCCUACGCAAAACGCGACCGCCCCUCAAGCAUGCGGGGCGUGUAAAAAACACAAGCGGAAAUGCGACAAAUUGCUGCCUCAAUGCAGCCUUUGCGUCCGCACCUGCCGCACCUGUGACUAUAACGAUGCUCCUAGACCCCCUCCAACGGCGGCCGAGGUCGCCGCCCUUCAAGCAAGACUGGCGGUACUGGAGCACCAAGUGCGCAGUACUUCCGUUCCCUCGGACUCUGUGUCCGCUACUCUCAGUGUCUCUGGGAACAGUGUGCUUCCCGCUGAAUCUAUCGCAACGACAGGGCCUAGCCAGGGACCAGCCGGCUUUCCGUCGGCUUUGUUCUUGGAUUUUGAUUGCUACCGAUGGUCGAACAUGCAACUGCCGAGACCGGAUGUUGGCUUUCCGACGGAAGUACUAGAAAUCCUCAGCCAGGAAAACACUGUGCUGGAAAUUUCGACCCUUUACUUUGGCACAAUUCAUCGCUGGCUGCCUAUAGUCUCAAAAAAGCGCAUGGAGCUUGGCAUCUCGUUGCAGAGCAGCGGACCGGACCUCGCCAUGCUUUUCCUCGCAAUGAGACUGAACAUUUCCCUUCCAACGGCUGGAACCAACUCACUGUAUUCUAUUUCUAAAAGCUUUCUGGCGACGCUCGAAGCAGGUGGUCUGGUAUCCCUUGUCUAUCUGCAAGCCAUGAUCCUAGUCGCCGUCUACGAAUACAGCCACUCCAUCUAUCCGGCCGCAUGGAUGACUGUGGGAGCAUGCGCCCGACUUGCGGAGCUAGUUGGGCUGUCAUCGGGUACGGAGUCGAUGAAAGUUAUGAGUCGCGCGACGACCUGGACAGAGGUGGAAGAAAAGCGACGGGUUUGGUGGGCCAUAUAUAUCCUAGACCGGGUUAUAUCCCUCGGCAGUCGCAGGAGAUUCUCUUUUCCUGAGCCGCUAGAUGGCCAUGUCCUUCCUGCCAGCGAUGAAGCUUGGGAUUCGGGCGAUGUGACAAACAUUAUCCAAUACUCAAACACAACCCCCUUCUCAACCCAAAUAUCGCCAUUUGCUCGGCUCUGUCAGUCCGCCAUGUUCAUCAGUCGCGCCGCGGCAUUCCGCAACAGUUCCCAGACGGCGCCCCGGAACCAUAUGAUUGCACUUACUAGCCUGACUGAGGAACUUUGUACCUACAGCUUGAUCCUCAGCGACGAAAUCAUCUCCUCCCCCCUGGAUAGCUACUUUCGCCUCCUCGCGCCCCGCUGCCUGGCGUGGUCCGCCCUUUUCAUGCUGCUUGAUAACUACUGCUGCCCUGAGAAGCUCAGCGCCGAACCGGGUUUCACCCCAUCCGGCGAAGUCAAGGGACCGGAGGAACUUGCUACUCAGCUACAGGCCACGCUCGUUGUGCGAAGUAUCAGCGACCAGGCGCAUGAGCAGACAAAGACCCUCAUGGACAUCUUAUUUGGCCCGGCUUCAAGUAUGGAUAGUAUGAAUACAAUAGGGAGUUUGAGUCCGCUCUCGCUAGACGCCCUGUAUUGCUCCAUGGUCACAUUCCAGUGGAUCUAUCGCGAAGGGGGAGAGGAGCUGGCCAAGUCUCAACUAGAGGAUAUGGAGGCUUGGAUGCGGAGAAUGAGUGAGCGGUGGAGGCUUGCCUCUGAGUAUCUGACUCUCUCUGAGAUCUACCGUACUGCUGAACCCUCUUAGAUGCAGUCUGAAAGCACUACUAAAUGAUACAUUCUCCCUGUAACCUGCUCGCUGGUCAAACUUCAACUCGAUGUGAAAUGCAUAUGGAGCUCAUCAGCCCUGAAAGCCGAUCUGUCGGAGAUCGCGGCGUACGUAAUAUUCGGUACACCACCAAAAUAUGAAGGUCUGAUUCCUCGAAUCUAGCAGCGAGGCCGCACUAAAUACGGAAGAAAUAGGGGUAACCUAAUUAACUAAAUUAGGCAGUAGGAACGAUACGAUGAAUGACGGAGCGGGUGCUGGCUAACGGUAACUUCGGCGUUGACGCAGAAUACUAGCGGUCACUAAAGGUCGACACGAUCCUUUAUCAAGGAGUGCAUAAAUUAGGUGCCUACCGAGAUAACCCCUGUCCAUACGUCCGCAUUGCAUGCUGCUCGACAUGGUCGCGUUUCCGCCACAGUCCAACUUCACUUUGUGGAGGUCGGCCACACGUGCGGGGCUUGCGGCCGCUGGAUUACGAGUACAGAAGGAUAGCCACGUGACAUCGGCG